UCGCAAACAUCGCUUCAGCUCCAAGCCUCUCACACUCUUACCUCAUUACUCCCUGGGUCCAGCUUGACGAAGGCUACUACUCAGUAGCAAUCCGGCUUGCAGCGAAUAUUUCAAGCAUAUAGUAUUCGCCCACCUUGCUUUGCGCUUAGCAGAAGCUCAUCCAAGUUUUGAAACGGCGCCGUCCGAGUUCUGACACGAUCGGGAGGGGCGGGAGCGUUCGGGGUGCGCAUCAACUCAUCUCCUGUGCAACUCACCGAUCGAUCCGAUCUGGUAUCACAUCAAUUCCUUUAAAUCGGUAUCAGGACUAACCAGUAAGCCCUCAGAUACUGCUUUGCGACGAGCUGCACCGCAUUCCCGCGCACAUCGCGGAAUCACAGCAACUAUCCUAGGCCAUCAUGUCGGGUUGGGGAGCCUGGUUCGGCGGCAGCCGACGAAAUCAAAAUGCACCGCGAGAUGCGAUCGUGGGUCUGCGAGAGCAGCUUGGCAUGCUGGAUAAGAAGGAGCAGUACUUGAACAAGAAGAUCUUAGAGGAGCAGAACAAGGCGAAAGCGAUGGUAUCUACAAAUAAGCGAGGAGCGGCAAAUGCGUUGCGGCAGAAGAAAGCGUACGAGAAUGAGCUGGAUCGGAUCGCGGGGACACGAAUGACGCUCGAGACACAAGUGAACGCCAUCGAGAGUGCCAACAUGAACCUCGAGACAAUGCAAGCGAUGCGGAGAGGUGCCGACGCCCUCAAGCACAUUCACGGAAGUCUUAAUAUUGAUAAGGUCGAUUCGACAAUGGACUCGAUUCGUGAACAGAUGGAUCUCACCAAUGAGAUCUCCGAUGCAAUCUCCAAUCCCGUUGGCAUGGGCCACGAUAUUGACGAGGACGAAUUGAAGAACGAGCUGGAAGAGCUAGAACAAGAAGAGCUGAACGACCGGCUCGUGGGUGCCGAUGCCGUGCCAGUACACACUCCUCAAACGAUCCACACGACGCCGAAUGCAGUCAGCGCUGCUCGACAACCGCUGGCGAAACAGGCUAUGACCGAGGACGACGACGAUGCAGAGCUCCGGGCUUUGCAGGCCGAGCUCGCCAUGUGAUGCGGUUCCUUACGUCGCUCAGUUUCUGCGCUUGCUUACAAUGUAUGCGUCUGUCCGAGUGGCGAUAUCAAAGGCGUUGCUCAUGGCAGAUCAGCUGAUCGCCAGUCACCACUCGACAUGCAUACCGGACGCGAUCUCGAACCUUUGUCACAUGAUCUGCGUGCGCGCAGCUGUUCCCGGUAGGCCAUCACUGAAGUGGAACGUAUCGGCAAAGCCUCCUUUGGCAUGCAGCCGCUGCCAUUUAGGAGGCCCCCAUUAUUUGUCAAGCAUCCGCACGCUCUUCCGUAGUUCUUGUUUGUCUAUAAAGGUUCUUCGAGGCAACUUUUGUAAUUUCCGCGUGCGCGUUGAUAUGCUUUUCAGAAAA